CCCAGGAGCCCCUGGCCCUCACAUCACUCAUAGAAUUUCUGUGAAAUGUUUCAAAAUUUGUGGCUCAAAUUCGGCAUCCCUGGUAAAAUUCCCAUGGCAAGAGCACCUAGCGUAAGGGAAAAGCUGAACUUGAUUGUUGGCGGCGACAUUUGUGACGUUUACCGCGAUGGCUACAACUGUGGAUCCUUUAGCUUCUGGUGCGGUGUUAUCGGGUUGGCGGCCUUUUUCUGUUUUCUGAUCUAUUUCCAUUGGAACCGAAAUCGAAUAAGUCAGAUGGGAUGAAAACAGAAUACUGGAAAGAAAAUCUGAAUGCACAGGGACAUCAAUAAAGUGGAAUUUGAGUCACAACA